AUGAGCAGGAUUGCUGGAGUUUUACGGCGUACGUUUGGAGUAGUACGCGAGCACGUCGGGACAGAUACUUUGGGGAAUAAAUAUUACAUAAUCCCAGAACAGAAGACAUGGACAGGAAGGCUCAUCCGUGCCAAGCGGAUGGUAGUGGCAGCCAAUCCCUCAGAAUAUGAGUAUACAGAAGGCAGCAUACCGAUGGAGUGGGACGCUUGGAUCCGAGGCAGACGGAAGGAGCCCCCCUCCGUCGAGGAGCUGCUGAAGAAUGAGGCUUACAGGGAGCAGAUCAAACUGAAGGGCAAGGAGGUGGAGGAGAGAGAUCUGGCCCUGCAGGCCAAGGAGUACGAGGACGGUCUGGUGGCGACUCCUCUAAAGACUAAGGCCAAGGGCCAUGCAGCCAGCACCAGCUUCGGCAAGGAGGAGUUCAGCGCGGACCCCACCAGCACUGCGAACACAUUCCAGCCCGGCUCGUGGAUGCCCAAUCCCAAGAAAUAGACUGAGACAUCUAUAGACACUGAGACUGCUGCAUUAUGUAAUACAAGCCAUUAGAAAAGUCCUGCAAUAAAUACUACAUUUAUGAAACUGAUAUUCAACCAAAUCUGUUUCACGGAGGUAGUAUAUAUUUCAAGGCUGUUUUACUGGACUUUGUUACAUCAUGAGUUUCUAGUUUUCUAGUUGCUCUGUGUAUAUUGUGUAUACACAUGACAAUAAGUACCACUUAUUCUGAAGCUGACAAAAAGUGACCACAAUGAUUUAAUGUCGCUCUAAGGUCUGUUAAUAAAACAAAGAAAAACUGGAAAUGGUUCUACUUCCAGUAGUCAACUAUAGAUACACUGCAUCAGGAAUAUUGUGAGAAAUAAUGUCUAAUAAACUGUGACUAUUUUCAUGA